GCACGAAAUUAGGGUUUUUUUUUUUUUUCUUUCUAAGUAGCCGUCUACGGUUCAGUCGGUGGUGGUGGUGGACGCUUCGAAAGUUUUACCCUUUCGUAUAACUAAGUUUGGAAGGAUCAGACUUGCGCUGUUGAAAACCCCACUCUAAGCUCUCCAAUUCAGUACGAUGGUGAGAAGAGGUCGCGGCGGCGGAGGCGGUGGUAUGGGCGGAGGAAUCAAUCGUAGAUAUCUGAGUCAAGUUAUGGAUUCAUGCGCGAAGGAUUUAACUACGGCGGAGGAUAUCGUCGAUGAUCUCCGUUCCAGGUACGGCAAUUUUGCGAGGUUGACUCGGCAAGUGCUUCUGCUCAAUGUCAGACAAGUCCUUAAUGUAAGAAACAACAACAAGAGGGUUAAAGACGACGACGAAGAUGACAACAAUGGCGACGAUGUGGAAGGUUCUGCUGCUCAGAGAAAGAAACAGAGACGGGUUGAUGAGAAAGAGGAGAAGUUGCAGCGAGCUGAGCAGUCACAUCUUAGGAAGAGGAGUAUGGAACGUUCAGUGUCUUCAUCUCCGUCGUCUUCUUCUCCGUCGGAAGACAGUGGCGAUGUGUCUACCUCCGAGGACGCUAUUUAUAGCGAGAAGCUUAGUCCGCGGUUUGAUUUUAUUAAUGACAGUCUACGAGAUAACUACGCUAAGUUAAACAGCUCCUCCAAGAAACCAAUUGUGGCGCCUGAGGAAAACAAUGUCGAAGUUGAGACUGUGAGCAACAAAGGUAGAAGCAAGUUGGCUACAAUGGGGGCGAGAAAGGAGGCUAAAGGCUCUCUUUCCCUAAGUGGAACUACUGGUAAUGGUGGUGAUUUGGAAGUUGAGGGUAAUAAAGGACCUACUUUUAAAGAUUUUGGUGGGAUUAAGAAGAUUUUGGAUGAUUUAGAGAUGAAUGUUCUUUUCCCUAUUCUCAAUCCUGAACCGUUUAAGAAGAUUGGAGUGAAGCCACCAAGCGGGAUUCUAUUUCAUGGACCACCUGGUUGUGGAAAGACCAAGCUGGCCAAUGCCAUUGCCAAUGAAGUUGGUGUUCCGUUUUAUAAGAUUUCAGCCACAGAUGUGGUUUCUGGUGUUUCCGGUGCUUCUGAAGAGAAUAUUAGAGAGCUCUUCUCUAAAGCGUAUAGGACUGCGCCUUCAAUUGUGUUCAUAGAUGAGAUUGAUGCAAUUGGAUCAAAGAGAGAAAAUCAGCAAAGGGAGAUGGAGAAGCGGAUAGUAACGCAAUUAUUGACUAGUAUGGAUGGACCUGGUCAGAAAGGCGAGAAAAAUGGUCCUGACUCUAAUACUGGUUCUGUUCUCGUCAUUGGAGCUACUAAUAGACCUGAUGCUCUUGAUCCUGCUUUGAGAAGAAGUGGACGAUUUGAGUGUGAGAUCGCUCUAACUGCUCCAGAUGAAGACGCAAGGGCUGAGAUACUCUCUGUUGUAGCCCAAAAACUGAGACUAGAAGGGCCUUUUGACAAUAAAAAAAUAGCUCGUUUAACACCGGGUUUUGUUGGAGCUGAUUUGGAGAGUAUUGCUUACUAUGCUGGCAGAAAAGCUAUAAAGAGAAUCUUGGAUUCAAGAAAAUCUGAACAGUCUGGAGAUGCUGCUGAAGAUGAUAAAUCUUGGCUGAGGCAGCCCUGGCCAGAAGAAGAGUUGGAAAAACUCUUUGUCAAAAUGUCUGAUUUUGAGGAAGCAGUGAAUCUAGUUCAGGCAUCUUUAACUAGAGAAGGAUUCUCAAUUGUGCCUGACGUCAAGUGGGAUGAUGUUGGUGGACUUGACCAUCUACGACUUGAAUUCAACCGUUAUUUAGUCAGGCCUAUCAAAAGGCCUGAUAUUUAUAAGGCUUUUGGAGUAGACUUAGAGACAGGAUUUUUGCUUUAUGGACCACCGGGUUGUGGCAAGACAUUGAUUGCAAAGGCAGCUGCUAACGAGGCUGGAGCUAAUUUCAUGCACAUCAAGGGUGCAGAACUUCUAAACAAAUAUGUCGGAGAAAGCGAGCUAGCUAUUCGGACAUUAUUUCAGCGCGCCCGAACAUGCGCACCAUGUGUACUCUUCUUUGAUGAGGUGGAUGCUUUGACUACAAGUCGUGGCAAAGAAGGUGCUUGGGUUGUGGAACGGCUUUUGAACCAGUUUCUUGUGGAGCUGGACGGUGGAGAAAGGCGUAAUGUGUAUGUAAUUGGAGCUACAAACAGGCCAGAUGUAGUUGAUCCUGCUUUCUUGAGACCAGGUAGGUUUGGGAAUCUUCUUUACGUACCCCUCCCUAACGCGGAUCAGCGUGCUUCAAUUUUAAAAGCCAUAGCGAGGAAGAAACCGAUAGAUCCUAGUGUUGAUCUUGAUGGCAUUGCAAAGAUGAACUGUGAAGGUUUCAGCGGAGCUGAUCUCGCUGGCUUGGUUCAAAAAGCUACAUUCCAGGCAGUGGAGGAGAUGGUAGGCUCCAGUGAGUCGUCUGAAGAUGAUGUUACAGAUACAACUCAGUGUACCAUCAAGAUGACUCAUUUCGAGCAAGCCUUGUCCUCAGUCUCACCUUCUGUGAACAAACAGGAUCGAGAACGCUACGAGGCACUAUCAACGAAGCUUCAAAAAAGCAUUGGAAGGAACACUGAACAAGUCAUCAUAGGACCAUCUUUCGCCCUUGAGUAAAACUCUCUUACUUAUAUAAAAUGUGUGCAAAAUCCCAUUUUCCCCGAGGGUAUAUUAUAUACGGUCUUUAAUUUAAUAUAAAGAGUAAAAGACUCGACUGUUUUUCAACUUCAGACACGUAAUAGAAUCAAGUUAUUUUUC